AAAUAAUUCAUCCACGCACUGCUAUAACUUUAGCUCAAGGUUGUUGAGAAGGCAUAGAAUCUAGCUCAACCUAAUUGAAAGCCCAUACACAUAAACAGAUCAUUCAUUCCUUGCAAUGUGAUGUUAUUAUUGAUUUUUACAUUACAUAAAAACAUUUGAAAAAUACACAUUUUCAACUUUAAAAGAAAUGCUGAGUUUUAAUUCUAUAUUUCCAAACACUGAUCUUAUUCUUUUUUUUGUCCAAACAGUAUCAGGGAGACAACAAUAUGUGCUUAAGUAUGACAAGGGCCUUACAAUCAAAUUGCUAAAGUUCAUGACCAUAGACUACGGUCUAUUCCAAGCAGUAAAAAUGAUAUUGGGGGCUCCUUGUGUGAUUGUGUUUUUGAUCUAUAAAUGGCGUAGGAGGCAUUUAUCAAUGUAUGACAUUAUUGAAAAAUUUCUACAAAGCCACAAUAAUCUAAUGCCAAUAAGGUACUCUUACUCAGAAGUUAGGAAGAUGACCAAAGGUUUCAAGGACAAAUUAGGUGAAGGAGGCUAUGGCACUGUAUAUAAAGGAACACUUCGAAGUGGUCGUCUUGUGGCUAUAAAGAUGUUAAGUAUGUCCAAAACUAAUGGACAAGAUUUUAUGAAUGAAGUUGCAACCAUUGGAAGGAUUCACCAUGUUAAUGUAGUGCAACUCAUUGGUUUUUGUGUUGAAGGAUCAAAACGUGCUCUUGUAUAUGAGUUUAUGCCUAAUGGUUCUCUGAAUAAAUACAUAUUUUUGCCAGAAGUGAGUACACUCCUAAGCUAUGAUAAAAUGUAUGAUAUAGCUUUAGGAGUGGCUCGUGGGAUUGAAUAUCUACAUCAAGGAUGUGACAUGCAGAUUUUACAUUUUGAUAUCAAGCCUCACAAUAUUCUUCUUGAUGAGAAUUUUACUCCCAAAGUUUCUGAUUUUGGCCUAGCAAAAUUGUAUCCAAUAAAUGGAAGCAUUGUUUCCUUGACUGCUGCAAGAGGAACGUUAGGAUACAUGGCCCCUGAAUUGUUUUACAAAAAUAUUGGAGGCAUUUCAUACAAAGCUGAUGUUUAUAGUUUUGGAAUGUUACUAAUGGAAAUGGCAGGUAGAAGAAAGAACUUAAAUGCAUUUGCAGAACACUCGAGCCAAAUAUACUUCCCUACUUGGGUUUAUGACCAAUUGAAUGAUGGAAACGACAUAGAAGCGGAAGACGCCACAGAGGAGGAAAGGAAAAUAGGCAAGAAGAUGAUCCUUGUCGCCUUAUGGUGCAUACAAAUGAAGCCUAGUGAUCGUCCUUCAAUGAACAAAGUCGUACAUAUGCUUGAAGGAGAAGUUGAAUUCUUACAAAUGCCUUCCAAGCCUUUCAUGUCAUCACUAGAGAGAAUCAUAACAGGUAGUGAAGAGAACUCGAAUCAAUCAAAUGAAUCAAGUCAAUCAUCUCAAUUUUAGAUGUAAAUUAAUUUAAGUCUUUCAUUAAUUUAGUACAUUUCCACUAAAGGAGGCAAUUAGUUUUCUCAUAUAUAUUUGAUAGUGCAAAGAUACUUGAUAUUUAUAUGCAACAAAUAAGAGUUUGUUUGAUUUA